AACGUCUCGCCAUUUUCCUGUUGUUAGCUAGCCUAGCAUGCUAACAGGCUAACACACUACUAGGAGCAUCUUUUAGUCAACCCGCUCAGCGACGGCAGGAGUCACAAAAAAAAAACACACGGCUCGGUUGGUGUAGCUGGCCUGUGACCUUCCCGUCACCAUGGACGAGGAGUACUAUGGCGCUGCAGGAGACUGGGACGGGACGGAGAGUAACAUGGAGGACGGUUAUGGUGACGCAGAAAGUGAUGGAAAAGUCCAGGAAGACUGCCUACAGAAAUUCUCCAGUAGGGAUUACAUUAUGGAACCUGCUGUCUUCAACACCCUCAAAACGUAUUUCCAAGCUGGUGGCUCUCCAGAGCAUGUGAUCCAGCUCCUCUCUGAAAACUACUCUGCCGUGGCCCAAACUGUAAACCUCCUGGCAGAGUGGCUUAUCCAAAUGGGCGUAGAGCCCGCUCAGGUCCAGGAGCGUGUGGAAAAUCACCUGAAGAGUCUUUUGAUAAAGCACUUUGACCCCCAGAAAGCAGACUCCAUCUUUACUGUUGAAGGAGAGACUCCGGCCUGGCUGGAACAAAUGAUAGCCCACACUACAUGGAGAGAUCUCUUCUACAAGCUGGCUGAGGCUCACCCUGACUGCCUGAUGCUCAACUUCACUGUAAAGCUCAUUUCAGAUGCAGGGUACCAGGGGGAGAUCACCAGUGUAUCUACAGCGUGUCAGCAGCUGGAGGUUUUCUCCAGGGUGCUGAGGACGUCUCUGGCCACACUGCUAGACGGAGGAGAGGAGAACCUCGAGAAGAAUUUGCCAGAAUUUGCUAAGAUGGUGUGUCACGGGGAGCACACCUACCUGUUCGCCCAGGCCAUGAUGUCCAUCCUGGCCCAGGAGGAGCAGGGCGGGUCGGCCAUGCGCAGGAUCGGCCAGGAGGUGCAGAAGUCAGCACAUCAAAGAGGUCACGAUGCCAGCCAGAUAACACUUGCGUUGGGUACAGCAGCAGCCUACCCUCGAGCCUGCCAAGCCCUGGGCGCCAUGUUGUCCAAAGGAGCUCUCAAUCCUGCCGAUAUCACGGUUCUCUUCAAGAUGUUCAGCAGCAUGGACCCACCACCCGUGGAGCUGAUCCGAGUGCCUGCCUUUUUGGACUUGUUCAUGCAGUCGCUGUUCAAGCCAGGCUCAAAGAUCAACCAGGACCACAAACACAAAUAUAUUCACAUCUUGGCCUAUGCUGCCAGCGUGGUUGAGACAUGGAAAAAGAACAAGCGAGUUAACAUCAACAAAGAUGAGCUGAAGUCCACGUCCAAGGCCAUAGAGACUGUGCACAACCUGUGCUGCAACGAGAACAAAGGGGCCACAGAGCUGGUGGCUGAGCUCAGUACUCUGUACCAGUGCAUCCGGUUCCCGGUUGUUGCUAUGGGUGUUUUGAAGUGGGUAGAUUGGACGGUGUCUGAGCCUCGGUACUUCCAGCUCCAAACAGACCACACUCCAGUCCACUUAGCACUGCUGGACGAGAUAUGCACGUGUCACCAGCUGCUGCACCCACAAGUUCUCCAGCUGCUCAUCAAGCUUUUUGAGACAGAGCACUCGCAGCUAGACGUCAUGGAGCAGCUGGAGCUGAAGAAGACCCUGCUGGACCGAAUGGUUCAUCUGCUGAGUCGUGGCUACGUCCUUCCUGUUGUUAGUUACAUCCGCAAGUGUUUGGAGAAACUCAACACGGACAUUUCACUUAUUCGAUACUUUGUCACUGAGGUGCUGGAUGUGAUUGCCCCUCCCUACACGUCAGAUUUUGUACAGCUCUUCCUGCCCAUCCUGGAGAACGAUAGCAUUGCAGGCACAAUCCGCACCGAGGGAGAACACGAUCCUGUUGCUGAGUUCAUAGCUCAUUGCAAGUCAAACUUCAUCAUGAUUAACUGAGGUGGAGAGGACACUGGGGACUUGGUUGCUUCAGAUUGUCCCAGGAGGAUUUGGUAGAGACAGAAGCCCGGGUACUCGUCAUGAGCCAAUUCUUUACCUCGUGCUGGACCUGGGAACAGAUGACAGACUGUCCCUUUUCACACAGUGAAUUUAAAUUUAUUUGUAGUGAGGCUGCACAAACUCAGAUGACAGGAUUGGCGUGAUACUAAGGUAUUGAAAAGGACUUGUUGAAGGUAAAGCCUCUUAAAAUGCAGCUACAUGUUUUUUGUUUCAAGUGUAUAUUUGAGUUUUCUAUAUUUUAUAUGUUGGUUCAGGCUGUUUUAAAAUAAAGCAAAACACACUGA